AUGGGUUAUGCUGUACCAUCCCAGCGUACAGUGCAUCUCAAUGCUGUUGACUUUGUCUAUUCGGUUACAUUAUGCAAAAAAAUGCCUUCGUUAAUCAUCAUGAUGCUGAGUUUCUCCUGCAUUAAUCAUUUAAAGGACACCGGUAGCACGGUUCUCCUUAACCUCAAAGCACUCCUCCUGCUUAUCAGCAUCCUCGCUCGUGGCCGCGUAGACAAUCUCCUCGCCGUAGUAUCGGUAAAUCGCUCCAGUGUUGUAGUUCUGGACCUCGUAUUGGAGGUGCAGCUCGUUGGUGUCCUUCUCGAUGUAUGCGUAGAGUCGCUGAGUUUCGCUGACAUCGCCGCAUUGGACGUAGUCGGUGCUCUCCAGGUCGCCGGAGCACUUGACGUAUGUUGGCGCAACGGCUGGGUGGUUUUCGGCGGAGCCCGAGACGGUGAGGUCGAAGUUGUAGUUGCAGCCGACUGUGCAGCCGAAGACGAAGUUGGAGAUUUCGAAGGUGCCUGGGAGGUCGGCGGCGUAGGACUCGCGCUUGGCUGGUGCUGCUGCUGCGAUAGAGGCCAGAGAGGCGGCGAGGAUAGUAGAGUAGUACAUUUUGUUGGUUUUGGGAUGGAUAGUGUUGUGGUGGAGAUGUAUUGA